AUGUUCUCCAAGUCUGAAGCUCGUGGUUCAGUCAGCUGGAUUUCGUUCGAAACUGCAAUGGUCGAUUUGGGGUUCUCUGUCAUUCCAAAAUUCGGAUCGGUAUACACUUUCUCUCCAGCAGCGAAGGAUGUAGGCCGUGAGAAGUCCAUCACGUUCCACCGCCCCCACAAGUCGGAGAUUGAAGGAUGGAAGUUGGUUAUGUUUGCUAGUCGAUUGAAGAGGAUUUAUGGAUGGAAUGAACAAUCUUUCAAGGUUAUCUAA